AUGGUGAAAAUAGUGACGGACGGGGAGUACGUGCCGUGGUACAGUAGGCGAGCGCCGCCCGUCUUCUGCUUCCCCUGCGUACCCGCUUACAUGGGUAUUUGGCCUGCCAGGUGAGACAAUUUGACAAUAGUCCACGAGAUCCCAAAUCACAACUGACGCUCUACUUGCAGAAAGUGCAUUCUGAUCAUCGGAACGCUUCUGUUCUUCUUCGGAGUCAUCAUCCUCCUCGCCAUGCUUCUCACUUGCAUCGCAGUCGAAUGUGCCGGAGUGUGAGACUUCCCUUCCCUCCCAUCCCAACCUUCCAGUUUCCUUCCAGUGCGUCCGCCCUCAUCCCCCUCGCUCUCAUCCUUCUCAUCGUCGGAAUCCUUCUGUUCCAUUGCGGAUACGCCGCCCAUCUUCUCGACAAUCACGGACAAAUCCCGAUCAAAAAGACGACGACGACGACGACGACGACCGUCCACGACCCGGAGUCGCACGAGGACGAGAUCCGACUUUUCGAGAAUGUCGAUAGACCGAAUGCACCGGCGGUGAGUUGAUUUGAUCAUUCGAGUGAUUUAGUUUGAGGUCCUAGUUGUUUGGUUUCAGGUGAAACAGGGAUUCUGGCAGUUCGACGAAGAUCAGUCGUGGCAAAAUGCUUCCAAUCCGUACCCAAUUCAGUGAGUUUUACAGGUUUUGCGCUCUAUUGCUCACGUGGCAGCCGCUCUUCCAUUCCGUAGCAUUUCUUGGCCAGCUGCCGUACAAAACCCACGAAAUUCAAAAAUCGCGCAAAUAUUUGAAUUUCAUCAAGAACCAAAGAAAACUACGAAAAAUAUUCAACAUUCGUCGGUGUUCUGAUCCAUUAAAACCUACUAAUUCUGGAAAAGUCGCUCUACCGCAAUACCACGUGAAAACGAGACCGCGACCGUGAUCUUUUCCAAUUUCACAUGAAGAGCGGUAGAGCGCGACUGCCAGAUUUCUGCGGCUACAAUACAACAACACAUUUUGAACCGUACAUUCUCGUUUUCUUCUUCUUCUUCUUCCCCAAACAGCGCCUACAACAUACAGAACACAAAAUAGAACAGCAUCACAAAACCAGCAGCUUCCCCGCGUUUCUAUCUAAUCAUUGGUUUCUUUUCAGAAAGACACUCAAAGUCUGUCUCGAGCGUCCACAAUACAUUUGA